ACAACAAUGAAUGAAAUGAACACAACAAGUGCUGUAAAUUCUGUAACAACCAGCACGCUGUUUGACAGUAUUAAAAAUUUUACCACCACCAUGGCAAGUAACAUAUCAAAUGAAACAUCUGAAGCAUACAUGUAUUCUACAGAAGAAAAUGGAACUACUCAACAAUUAUGGAAUGUUUCUAAGGCUAUAACAUCAUUGCCUAAUAGUUCAUUAGUUUCUUUUGAAACUUCAAGCACCAAUAUAUACAUGUCUACAACAACAGAAGUUUUUGAUGAAUUUGGCCCACCAGAUGGAAUAGAAUAUAUUUUUGUACCACUUGGUGUAGUGGUUUUUGUUAUUGUAUUAUCAGCUGUGGUAUGGGUAAUAAUUAUCUCAAGAAAAAGAAAAUUGGAACGUUUAAGACACAGACUUAUGCCAAUGUAUAACUUUGAUCCUGGAGAAGAAGAAGAAGAUGACUGGGAAACUGAACUAUUGGAAGAAUGUUAUAAUAAUCAUCAGAGACGUGUAUCAGCAAGGAUAUCAAUCCAUGGAUACAGAAGAAAAUGCUGA